AUGAGCAACGCGGACUACCAAUUAGCUUGGGAAGAUUUGCUGAACUAUUACAACAACAGCAAGCAAAUGAAGAAGCGUCAAAUUCAGCAUCUUUUCGAACUGCCAGCCAUGUCCAAAGAAUCUUCUGAUGAGUUGCGUGAUCUCAUCCAAGGAUUUGAGAAGGUUGUCCAAUCCUUGGACCAGAUUGUUCAACCAGGCGACUACAAGGACUUGCUUCUGGUGCACAUGCUGACGGAUCGUCUUGACCCGGUAUCACGGCGAGGCUGGGAGGAGCACUCGUCUACCAAGGAUCAGGACACGGUUAAGGACAUGCUGGAGUUCUUGCAGCGGCGUAGUCGUGUGCUCGAGUCGUUGCCUCCGAAGACGACUAACGCAAAGAGUACAUCACAGCAACCACAACAACAACCGAAGUCGAAACCGUCGGUGGUCAGGACUAACUACAGCACGGCUCAAGCGUCAGGAGAACGCUGCCCAGCGUGCACGGGAACCCAUCUUCUUCACAGAUGCUCGGUGUUUCAGAGGAUGACGGUUUCGGACAGGGAGUCUCUGCUGCGCACGCAUUCGCUGUGUCGCAAUUCUGUCGUCGUUGUUGAGGAUGACAACGGAAAUCGGCUUCCAGCGCGGGCUCUGCUCGACUCGGGUUCGGAGAGCAACUUUAUGUCGGAACGAUUAAGCCAGCGACUACGGGUCAAAAGGAACAAGGUGGACAUCUCGGUGUCCGGGAUUGGACAAGCAGUCUCAAGAGUAAAGCAGCAGAUUCAAGCCACGGUUACGGUCAAUUUACCAACGUCGGCCAUAAACACCACUGGUUGGACCAUACCAGAUGGCGUCGUACUGGCGGAUCCGACGUUUUCGAUGUCCAACGGUGUGGACAUGGUACUUGGGAUCGAGCAUUUCUUUGACUUCUUUGCAAGCGGUCAGAAAAUCUCACUGGGAGAACAGCUGCCAGCCCUUAACGAGUCGGUUUUCGGAUGGGUGGUAUGCGGCGGUUGCGCAGACUCACGGGAGUCUCCAAGGAUUAACUGCAACGUGUCGGCAUUGGAAAAGCUGGAUGCUUUGGUGGCCCGAUUUUGGUCCUGCGAGGAGGUCGAGUCAGCAGCCAGUAACUACUCGCCAGAGGAAGCACGCUGCGAAGCUCUGUACGCACAGUCGGUUCAACGUGGUACAGACGGACGGUAUUCGGUUGCUCUACCGAAAGCUAAAGACGCUCUGUCACGGUUAGGCGAGUCCAAAGACAUCGCCGUAAGACGUCUUCACGGCACGGAACGGAGACUGGCCAGGGACGAUCAUCUCCGGGAACAAUACGUCGCUUUCAUGCACGAAUAUGAGCAGUUGGGACACAUGACGAAGGUCACGGACACGGGCUCCGCCAAACGGUGCUACCUGCCCCAUCACCCAGUGGUCAGGGAGGCUAGCACAACCACCAAGGUACGCGUGGUGUUCGACGCGAGCUGUAAGACUUCUUCUGGUGUGUCGCUCAAUGAGGUUCUGCUGUGUGGACCAGUAAUCCAGCAGGACUUGAGGUCGAUAAUCUACCGUUGUCGCGUGAAGCAGAUCAUGUUGGUUGCGGACGUCGAAAAGAUGUUCCGGCAGAUCGGAAUCUGUCCGGAGGACCGUUUGUUUCAAUGCGUUCUAUGGCGUCCAACACCCACCGAGGCGAUUUCCACGUACGAACUCAACACCGUUACGUACGGUACGAAGCCAGCCCCGUUUUUGGCAACACGGACGUUGAAACAGCUGGCCAUGGACGAAAAGGAACGGUUUCCGCUCGCAGCCAAGGUCGCCUGCGAAGACAUCUACAUGGACGAUGUGAUCACCGGUACGAACGACUUGGACUCGGCGAUCGACCUGCGAAACCAGCUGGACAAGAUGACGGUCAGUUGUGGUUUUCGUCUGCGGAAAUGGGCAUGCAAUCGUGCUGAAGUUCUGUAUGAUGUGGAGGAGGAUAACUUGGCGAUUCCCUGCGCCGAUGGUAUCAACCUGGAUCGAGAUCCUUCGGUGAAGACGCUCGGGUUGACAUGGUUUCCAUCUACGGACGAAUUCAUGCUCAAGUUCACCAUCCCAGAGACGGGCCCUGAUGAACCACUCACCAAGCGGAACGUUCUUUCCAAAAUUGCGUCGAUUUUCGAUCCCCACGGUUGGUUUGGCGCAACGGUUACAACGGCAAAGGUGUUCAUGCAGCAAUUGUGGACGCCGGGCAUCGAUGGCAAGCGUCUGGAAUGGGAUCAGCCAUUGCCUUCGAUGAUGGGUGAGAACUGGCGGAAAUUCGAGGAGCAAUUACCGGUUCUCAGUUCGGUUCGGUUUGCGAGAUGUGUCGUCAUCCCUAACGCAACGUCGGUUCAGCUGCAUUGCUUCUCAGACGCGUCCACCAAGGCCUACGGGGGUUGUGUUUACGUUCGUAGCGAGAACGCAAAGGGAGAAGUUAUGGUUCGUCUGCUGGCCUCGAAGUCGCGGGUGGCCCCGCUCAAGGUUCAGACGAUUCCGAGACUGGAGCUCUGCGGAGCGGUCUUGGUUGCGCAGCUGUUCAAGGUUCUACGAGAAGCGCUCGACAUUCCAGUGGACGCAUAUUUCUGGACGGACUCCACGUGCGUACUCUGCUGGCUUGGAUCUAUCCCGACCACGUGGAACGUAGGAAUCUCGCCACAGGACAUCGUGGACAACGAGUUCUGGUGGUUUGGACCGGAUUGGCUGCGUUUGAGCCCAGAGCACUGGCCGAAUGCAGAAUCUACAGCUGAAGAUGAGAAUGCGGAAACGGAAAGACGUCGAUCGGUGACAGCAAACACUGUGUCGGUGGUUCAGGAGUUCAACGAUCUUUAUUUUUCAAAAUUCUCUUCGUACCCGAAGCUGAUCCGUCAAACAGCCGUUUGGUUGCGGCUCAUGAAACUUCUCCGCACUCCCAGCUCAGAUCGUACAUCCGGAUUUCUCACCACGGCGGAACUGAAAGAGGCAGAGAACGUGCUGAUUCGUCGGGUUCAGAUGGAAUCGUUCGCUGAUGAAAUUAAGGCACUAUCUGCAAGAAAAACGGUUGCUGUUAAAUCACCUCUUCGUUGGUACAACCCUUACCUAGACCAGGACAACAUUAUUCGAGUGGGUGGGCGGUUGCAACAUUCUGAUGAGCCCGAGGACGCCAAGCACCCUGCUGUUCUGCCUGCGCGCCAUCGCUUCACACGGUUGAUUUUGCAUUAUUAUCAUCUCGGGCUGCUGCACGCUGGACCACAGCUGCUGUUGGGAACAGUUCGGCUUCGAUUCUGGCCUUUGGGAGGACGGAGCGUGGCACGCACGAUCGUGCAUCAGUGCAAAACAUGCUUCAAGGCCAAACCUACGCCGGUGCGACAAUUCAUGGGCGAUCUGCCAGCGGUACGCGUCACGGUUGCGCGUCCGUUCUCGAAAACUGGCGUUGAUUAUUUUGGUCCAGUGUUCGUUCGCCCAGGACCACGGCGCACGGCGAUCAAGGCGUACGUGUGCCUGUUCGUGUGCCUGUGCACCAAGGCUGUGCACCUCGAACUCGUGUCGGACCUCUCCACGGAACGCUUUCUGCAGGCUUUGCAUCGGUUCACCUCGCGCAGAGGACCUGUCGCCGAGAUUUGGUCUGACAAUGGGACCAACUUUGUCGGAGCUCGGAAUAGACUGCACGAGUUGUUUACACUGCUGCGGGACAAGCAACACCAGGAGAAGGUCUUCAAGGACUGCGUCAACAACGAGAUUCGCUGGUCGUUCAGCCCACCAAGCGGCCCACAUUUUGGUGGUUUAUGGGAGGCGGCCGUACGCUCAGCCAAGCACCACAUUCUGCGUGUCAUUGGAGACGAACCUAUCUCGAUCGAGGACAUUAACACGCUGCUCGUCCAAGUAGAAGGCUGCUUGAACUCGAGACCCAUCACGCCCAUGUCCGACGACCCCAGCGAUCUCGAGCCGCUCACACCUGCCCAUUUUCUCGUUGGAUCAUCGUUGAAGGCGCUACCGGACCGUGAUUUCACCAAUCUACCUGCAAACCGUCUCAAUCAUUACCAACAGAUCCAGCAGAAACAACAACUAUUUUGGAAUCGGUGGAAAAGGGAAUACCUGAGCCAGCUACAAGCUCGUACGAAACGUUGGCGGUCACCUGUGCAGAUAGAAGUCGGCAAGCUGGUCGUAAUCGUCGACGACAAUCUGCCACCCACGCGCUGGAAGCUAGCGAGGAUCAGCGAAGUCCAUCCAGGUGCUGAUGGUGUCGUGCGUGUGGUCACCCUCAAGACUGCGACGAAGCUGAUCAAAAGGCCGGUCGAGAAGAUUUGUUUACUUCCACUGGACGAAGAGGAGCACAAUGCCAACAAAUCGAAAAUGCUGCGAUUUCUGGAUGGCUCGUCCAACGUGCUGGACUCGAGCUGGCGGCUGUGGGAGAAAGCGAGAGGUCAACGGUCAUCACCGAGGAUCGCGUGGAUCGUGCCGCUGUAUCGAGAUUAG